AUGCCUGUGACACGAUCUGAAGGUAAAGCCAAGAAGGCGAUACCAAAGGCGGUGAGCGAGGACACUCCGACCGCGUCGGCGACCAGUGCGGAUACGGAGUCCUCCGCCGUCACGUCGGAAACGUCGCGAACGGGUAUGUCAUCCACGACUGGCAUGACGGCUACCUCUGCCACGUCGGGGACUACCACGACGCAGACCUCCGCGGCCGAAACCUCGGACACCUCGGGCGCCACACCCGGUUCGAGUGCCGAGAAACCGUCAGCGCCGCCAUCAUCGACGACGACGCUGAAAGCGGGUGCGCGAUCGUCAGUGCUGAUGCCGCCCCCCGACGAAGCACGCCGGCACGAAGAAACGUCGUACUCAAAACAGUCCGGUAAGUGCAAAUCUAGUAGUGCUCGCCCUCCGCCCUCUAGCAAGAGAGGGACAGAGAAAUCGAAUAAAAGUAAGAGAAUCCUUAAAGCGAAGGAAGACUUACUCAAGCUCCAGGUAGAGCUUGCCGCAGCACGCCUUGCUUCGAUGCAGGCAGCUGAUAGUGAGGAUGAGGAGGACGCCGCCUCCCUAUAUACUCAAUCAACCGUGAACAAUCGCGUGGACGAUUGGCUGCAAAAUAGCGAGACAGCACGCCCCGUGUUGGCCUUAACCAAUGAGCCUCACCAACCCCCGGCACAGCCAGUCGCUCCCAUCGUAAUGCCCACCUCGGCGGAGGAACCGACCCCGUCAAGAGGGGGAGAUAACCAUAGGGUACCGGCGGGAGGAUCAACCGACCUCUCCGUCUUAGCGGAAGCCAUUACCAAGGCAAUCAGUGCCGCUCAGAGGCCGCGGUAUAUAGAACUACCGACCUUUAGUGGGUCGCAUAGCGAGUGGCUUCCCUUUAGAGCCGCCUACCUAGAGACUGAAAAACUCUUCAGCCACGUGGAAAAUACCAAUAGGUUAAGAAAGAACCUAAAGGGAAAGGCUAGGGAGGCGGUGGACGGACUAUUGAUUACGAACACUAGUCCCUCCGAGAUUAUUCGUUCACUCGAAUUAAGAUUCGGUAGACCCGAGUCAAUAGCGAUGACUGAGAUCGACAACCUCAGAAACCUCUCGCGCCUUACGGAGUCGCCGCGAGACAUUUGCAUCUUCGCAACGAAGAUAUCGAACACGGUAGCAACACUGAAAACUCUGGGUUGUCACAACUACAUGCACAACCCAGAGAUAUCGAAGAUACUGAUCGAAAAGUUUACACCGACUUUGAAGUAUCGGUAUUAUGAUUACUCCACGUUGCAACCGGUGGAAGACCCGUGUCUACUCAAGAUAGAACGGUUCCUCAGAAGAGAAGCUGAACUGUGUGGCCCGUUCGCGUUGCCAGAACAGGUCACGCCCGUCCCCACAAAUGCCCCUUAUAAGAAAUUACACAAAGUAAAUAAUGUGCAAGAAAGGACACAUUCACUCAAGUGCUUAGUGUGUGAAGACCCGGGCCAUUCUCGGGCCACAGAGUGUAGUAAAUUCAAGAACAUGAGUGAGGGAGCCAGGUGGGAGGCCGCCAAGGUCAAACAUCUCUGCUUCAGGUGCUUGAAACAUCGAAACCGAACCCACUCUUGUAAGACAACGGCAUGCGGAGUGAAUGGGUGCAAGAAUACACACCACCGCAUGCUACACUACACUAAGAAGGAGACGGAGCCGCAAACCGAAGGCACGGAAGUGAUCAACUCCGCCUGGACCUCAAGGGCUCAAUCAUUCUUGAAAGUAAUCCCGGUAGAGAUCAGCGGGCCCAAGGGGACACGACUAACUUACGCACUGAUGGACGACGGGUCAACCGUCACAUUAAUCGAUGACAUGUUAGUGAAAGCCAUCGGUGCGACGGGACCGGUCGACCCACUUCGUCUACAAACGAUAAAUGAGGCCGGCCCCGCCGAACGUUCCUCACGAAGGGUCACAGUACGCCUGAAGGGAGUGAACGGUACAUUUAAACGCAUCACCGCCAGGACGAUAAAAAACUUGCGCGUAUCAGCUCAAACAGUGCCGCCGGAGCUAGUGGAGGGCUGCCCACACCUGAAGGAUAUCCUUCCACAGCUCACAUAUAGAGACGCGCGACCGCAUAUUUUAAUCGGCCAGGACAACUGGCAUCUCCUCACAAGCACAGAGAUGCGCAGGGGAGAUUCGAAUAGUCCAGUAGCAUCACUUACGCCGCUGGGCUGGGUCCUUCAUGGGAGACAUUCCCGCUCGAUUGGGAAACAUAUAGACUUCGUAUCGCACACGAUGGAACAACCCAUGGAGGACCUGAACGCUGCCAUGAAGAACUACUUCGAACUGGAUGCGCUCUGCAUAGUACCAAAACGUCCUCACAACGAUCCAGAGGAACAAGCACUGCGGAUCCUGAGAAAAAACACCGUUAGAAUUGAUGGCAGGUUUCAAACGAGCCUUUUGUGGAAAAGCGACGACAUAAGGCUUCCCAAUAACUACGAAAACUCAUUGAGAAGGCUCGAAAACAUAGAGAAAAAGCUGGAUAAGGAUCCAGCUCUCAAGAAGAAAUACACAGACCAGAUGGAGUCGCUGGUAAGCAAGGGAUAUGCGGAGCUCGCGCCCCAAGCCACGACUCUCCACAGAACGUGGUACCUGCCGCACUUCGGGGUGACCAACCCCAUGAAGCCCGAUAAGCUCAGGGUAGUCCACGACGCCGCCGCCAAAACCAAAGGAGUUUCUCUGAACGAAGUACUCCUUAAGGGGCCCGACCUGCUGCAAUCGUUGCCCGGAGUCGUUAUGAGAUUCCGGCAGCAUCAGAUCGCGGUGACUGCUGACAUAGCGGAAAUGUUUAUGCAGGUCAAAUUGAGGCCAGAAGACCGUGAUGCUCUCAGGUACCUCUGGCGCGGUGAGCAGAGGAACAUACAGCCGAGGGAGUAUCGAAUGACAUCCCUAAUCUUCGGAGCUUCGAGCUCGCCCGCCUCCGCCAUAUUCGUCAAAAACCUUAACGCGGAACAACAUAGGUCCACCCAUCCCGAGGCCGCCGAGGCGAUAGUCCACAAACAUUACGUCGACGACUACCUAGAUAGCUUUCGAAAUAUAGAGGACGCGGUGCGUAUCGCCAAGGAUGUCAGGGAGGUACAUCGACGGGGUGGGUUUGAACUUAAGCAAUGGAGGUCGAAUUCAUCCAGUCUCCUGCGACAACUGGGCGAGAACGUAGAGCACGAGGAUACUGAGAUAUAUAGUGACGUCGACAGUACAGAGAGAGUUCUGGGAGUCAUCUGGCGAAUGCACUCCGAUACACUCGCCUUUAAUCUCAACUUCGCUAAAAUCCCGCAGGGACUCAUCGAAGGCCAUAACCCUACCAAGAGAGAAGCUUUAAAGAUCGUGAUGUCGCUGUUCGAUCCGCUCGGUCUCGCCUCACCCGUCACCAUCCGUGCCAAGCAACUGCUACAAGAAGUCUGGCGACGAGGGACCGGAUGGGACGACAAUAUAGACGAGGACUUAGCCGAAAAAUGGGUUAUCUGGUUGAAACACCUCGACGACCUGAAGAACAUUACGAUCCCUAGAUCCUACCUAGGAUAUAGUGACGCCGCCUUGCUGGAGCUGCACGUCUUCAGCGAUGCCAGCGAAUCUGCGUAUGCAGCUGUCCUUUACUGGAGGACGACAUCGAGUGAGGGAGAAAUCCAGACAUCCCUCAUAGUCGCCAAAGCUAAAGUAACACCGUUAAAGCUCACGUCAAUCCCUAGACUGGAACUACAAGCAGCAGUGAUGGGAGUACGGCUCGCCGAAGCUGUCGUCCGGGAACAUCAAGUCAAGCCAACGAGGACGGUGUUCUGGACCGACAGCAAAACGGUACUUUCGUGGAUUCGAUCAGGGUCCAGAUCAUAUAAACCUUAUGUAGCCCACAGAAUAGCCGCAAUCGAAGAAGGAUCUACGGUGAACGACUGGCGCUGGGUACCGACUAAGCUGAACGUGGCGGACGACGCCACGAGAGACGUCCCGACUGACUUCAAUCGGGAUGCCAGGUGGUACGCAGGACCCGACUUCCUGCGCCAUCCCGAAGUCACCUGGCCGGUCGAAGAAAAAACCCCAGUGAACCCUACCGGCGAGGAAAAGACACUCCACGUAAGUACCGAACCGCUAGUAAACGGACUAACCAGGGCACUCCCCGACCCCGCUAGAUUCUCCAACUGGAACAGACUCCGGUACACCGCUGCGCGAGUACUACUCUUCAUAGACCUGCUUCGAAACCACAAGCAGUACGUACAUUACAGGCGAACGAAGAAGAAUAAAGAAUCAGACCCCAGUUGGAGACGACCACGCCAACCUAAAAGCCUACCUAAGGGUACGUCCCAAAGCGUCCCUAAACCAAAGGUCAUAGGUGCAAGACCAGUGACCGCCGAAUUCCUGCGACGAGCAGAAGAGCUUCUUAUGCGAGCGUCGCAACAAGAAGCAUUCCCGCAGGAGUUACAAGAUCUCAGUCGGGAAGGGCGAGUGGACAAAAACAGCAGGAUCAGUUCACUCAGCAUCGCACUGGUCAAUGGAACCCUGCGACUGGACGGCCGCAUUAACGCAGCAAAGGAUAUUGGACCGGAAAGAAAAAACCCAAUGAUCCUGGACGGGGAUCACCCUGUCGUCCGUCUGUGGGUGGAGCAUACACAUCGUCAGCUCCACCACGCAGGCGUGGAAGCCACCGUGAACGAGUGCCGACAGCAGUACUGGGUCCUGAGGUUGAGGCCCACCACCCGCACCAUAAUCAGGAGGUGCCUCUUCUGUCGCCUCCGCACACAACGGCCUGCACUACCGAAGACGGGCGACUUACCAACCUGUCGCUUGGCCCACCACCAGCGACCUUUCACCUACACAGGGGUGGAUUACUUCGGCCCACUCUCCGUGACCGUCGGAAGAGGUCACCAGAAAAGGUACGUUGCCAUAUUUACGUGUCUCACCACCAGAGCCGUCCACCUCGAAGUCGCCGGCUCGCUGAGCGCCGAUUCCGCGGUGAUGGCGAUCCGCAGGAUGAUGGCGCGGCGAGGCUGCCCCACCGAAAUCUGGUCCGAUAACGGGACCAAUCUGAAGGCGGCCGACAAGGAGCUGCGUCAGGCCAUCGACGCAGCGACAGCCGAAGAAACCGCCAAACGAACCAUCGCCUGGCGGUACAUACCGCCUGGGGCUCCGUUCAUGGGCGGCGCCUGGGAACGGAUGGUCCGCUCCGUGAAGACAGCCCUCACUGCGACGCUACAUGAGCGUCACCCGUCGGAGGAAGUCCUCACCACUCUGCUUACAGAGGCAGAAUUCACCGUAAACAGCCGCCCGCUGACUCAUGUCUCAGUCAGCUCCGAGGACCCAGAGGCCCUCACUCCCAACCACUUCCUGUUGGGAGGCCCUGCACGCGUGCCACAGCUGGGCACGCUCACCGAAGGCGACGCCGGCGCCGCCUCACGCGCCAGCUGGCGUGCCGCACAGCGUCUCGCAGACGUGUUCUGGCAGCGUUGGGUGAGGGAAUACCUCCCCGAGCUCCAGCACCGGCGGGAGCCCCACGGCCGGGGCGAACCCGUCCAACUCGGCGACCUAGUGCAGGUGGUCGACCCGAACCUGCCCCGCAACGUCUGGGUACGCGGGCGAGUAGUCGCUACGUACCCGGGCCCCGACAACAUCGUGAGAACGGUGGACCUGCGCACCAAGGGAGGUGUGCUCCGCCGCCCGGGUGGUGGAGUGUUCGGCCCUGAAGCCGAACUGUUCGCCGCGUGGCUGGAGGUGUGGGCGCAAGUGCAACAGCAGCAACUUCUCGAAGAGCUUGGAGACCGUAUCCAGGAGCGUGAUGGGGCGUGGCCAGGAGCGUGA